AUGGCUACUGCUGCUUGUGAUGUGUGUGGUGCAAUGGUGUCUAAGUCGCAAAUGGCACGUUACCGUAACACUGCCAAGUGUAUGUCGGCUGGAGGAGUCGAGCCUCACGUGUCGAAUACUAAAGAACAUUGUGUGCACUGCAACAAAUUAAUAACGUCACGUAACAUGUCUCGCCAUGUUGAAGUGUGUGGCAAUAUUAAAACGACUGUUGAGCCUAAGAAGCCGUGUCCGCAUUGUCAGCAACUGAUAACCAUGUCCAACUUGAGCCGUCAUAUUGCAAAGUGUUCACCAGGCGGUUUAAAGCGGAAGAACGAAAACUACACUCUUCCAGCUACCGUUUCAGAACCACCACCAAAGGUUCCACGCCUUGAACCAAGUACUAGCUCCACAUCAGCUAGCACGUCUGCCAUCGGUCACAUCAAGAAGUGUUCACCAGACGGUUUAAAGCGUAAGCAUGGUGUAGCUACCGUUUCAGCACCUCCGCCUAAAGUCAUGAAACCUAGCAAACAAGGGGGUAAUAUUAAAAAGGUACAGCAAGCGUUCAAGGGUCGUAUGAAAACGUACAUGAUAGAAAACAAGCGUGGUAUCAAGGACCCCAAAAGAUUUCUUAAAACAUGUAGAAAGCCAAUCACUCGCGAAAUAGCACAGCAUGUCGACGAACACAACAUCAAAGCUAACCUCGUGUUUGAAGCCGAAUACACAAAACCGACGAGUGGUGUGAUUCAAAAGAUGAAUUUCAAAACUAAAAACAACGUGAUUCUUCCAACUACGGACAUUAGGGUGUAUGUUAAAACGGCGAUGAAAAAGCUUUUGGUCGAAAUGGAAGAGUUCUACGCCAAGGGAUCUGGUUGGACCUUGCACAAAAUCCUCCACCUCGAGUUACGAAUUAAUCGUUACGUUCCACUCAGAGGCUCCAGUUACAUGGAACUACACGAAAAGAUUUCAGCUAAGAAAGCAAUCGUAAACAUAAUGAACAACGAUCAGAAAUGUUUUGUGUGGUCAAUCUUAGCCGCGUUGCAUCCCAAGGAGUGGCAAGCGCAGCCCCAGCGUAUACACCACUAUCAACCUUUCGAGCACGAGCUAGACGCCUACCUGGACGGCAUCACUUUUCCUGUGAGUCUCGAUAACGUCAAGUUGUUUGAAAAGCGAUCUGGAAUAUCCGUCAACGUGUACGCGUAUGAUAAGAAACUUGUCGUCUAUCCGCUGUACGUGACACGAGAAGAAAAAGACACACACGUUGACUUGCUGUAUAUUAGAGAUCAAAACAACUCUCACUACUGCCUCAUCAAAGAUCUCAGCCGAUUAGUACGUUCACAACUUUCAAAGCACACGACUAGAACCUGGCUCUGCAAGCGCUGCCUCAUGCAUUACGGUACCGAGGAACUACUGAUCAAACACAAAGAAGACUGCAGCGAACACGAGGCGGUUAAAAUACUGACACCGAAAGAAGGCUCCACAAUUCAGUUUAAGGACUUCAAACACGCGAUGAGAGUUCCGUUCGUGGCUUACGCUGACUUUGAGUGUAUGCUGACUCCCGUAGCCAGCAGCAGCCGGGAUCCCGAUGCACGAAGUUCUUACACUGAAAAGUACCAGAAACACGAAGCGGUUAGUUUCUCGUACUACUUCGUGUACUCUGACGGUGAUUACAAACCGCCCACAACGUAUUUCGGAACUGACGCUGCACAAGUGUUCGUGGAAAGCAUCAUGAACGAUGCCAGGGAAAUAUUCCAACUUUACUCAAGAGCUGCUGCUGUACCGAUGGAGCUGACUCAAGACGAUUUACAUGCAAUAGCCAACGCUCGGCAGUGUCACAUCUGUGGCAAGUCAUUCAACGAUCCCAACGAUUACGAAGUUCGCGAUCACGACCAUCUGACGGGGAAAUUCAGAGGUAUGGCACACAACUCUUGCAACCUCAACUUCAAGAAACCGCAUUUCCUGCCAGUGUUUGUUCACAACCUGAGCGGAUACGACACCCACCUGUUUAUCAAGAUGUUUGGGCUCAACAACGAGACCAUCAAAGUUAUUCCCAAUAACGAGGAACGUUACAUCUCGUACACCAUCGAGGUUGAGCGUGGAGUGAAAAUACGGUUCCUGGACUCGUUGAAAUUCAUGGCAAGCAGUCUAGACAAGUUGGCUAAGAACCUGUCCCCCGAUCAGUUCAGACACACUUCCAAAUUCUACCAAGGUGAGAAACUUGAACUGUUGUUGAAGAAAGGCGUGUAUCCCUACGACUACAUGGACAGCAUGGAAAAGUUUGAACUUUGCACACUUCCCGCCAAAGAAGAUUUCUACAACAAGCUAAACGACGCUCACGUAAAGCCCGAAGACUACCGACAUGCGGUCAACGUUUGGAAUACGUUCAACAUACAGAACAUGAAAGACUACACACUGUUGUACAACAAGACGGACGUACUCUUGCUGGCGGACAUUAUGGAGAACUUUCGCGACGUUUGCAUGCAGACGUACCAGCUCGACCCUGCUUGGUACUACACGGCUCCCGGACUCGCGUGGAGUGCGAUGCUCAAGACCACCGGCAUAAAACUCGACCUUCUCAGUGACUACAACAUGAUCCUGAUGAUCGGCAAGGGCAUUCGUGGCGGAGUGUCACAGUGCUCUAACCGGUACGCCGCAGCAAACAACCCUUAUAUGGAAGCAGAAUUCAAUGUGGACCAGCCGACUUCCUACCUGACGUACUUGGACGCAAACAAUCUGUACGGCUGGGCCAUGAGUGAGUACAUGCCGUAUAAGAACUUCAAGUGGUGCAAAACCGACAUUGACGUUACAAAAGUUCCGGAUGACGCACCAACUGGCUACAUUCUGGAAGUCGACUUGGUGUAUCCCAAUAAUUUGCACGACUUGCACUCUGACUUGCCUCUUGCACCGGAACGUCGAGUACCGCCGGGAUCGAAAGAAGAGAAACUUCUCACCACACUGCUAGAGAAGGAAAAAUAUGUUGUCCACUACCGGAAUCUAAAACAGUAUCUAUCGCUCGGCAUGAAACUUAAGAAAGUCCACAGAGUUAUAAGCUUCAGUCAAUCAGCCUGGCUCAAGCCCUACAUCGACUUGAACACUCAGAUGCGUACGCAAGCCAGGAACGAGUUUGAGAAAGAUUUCUUCAAGCUCAUGAAUAACAGCGUGUUCGGUAAGACAAUGGAAAACAUCCGGAACAGAGUGGACAUCCGACUGGCCACGAAAGACAAACAAGUCGACAAGUGGACUGCUCAACCAAACUUUAAGAGCAGGACGAUAUUCACCGAACAGUUGGCAGCCGUUCACAUGUCAAAAACGAAAUUGAUGUUCAAUAAAGCAAUCUACGUCGGCAUGAGCAUUCUGGACGUGUCGAAAACGCUGAUGUACGACUUCCACUACAACGUCAUCAAGAGGCGGUACGGUCACAAAGCCCAACUUCAAUAUACAGACACCGACUCGCUAACGUACCACAUCCAGACGACCGACUUGUACAAAGACAUCAAAGACAUGAUCGAUCUGUUCGACACCAGCGACUAUCCCGAGCCCAACCGUUACAACAUGCCUCGAGUCAACAAAAAGGUACUAGGGAAGAUGAAAGACGAGCUCAACGGCAGAAUCAUGUACGAGCACGUAGGACUUCGCUCGAAAAUGUACUCCAGCAGAUCCGAAGGCGGAGUGAUCAAAAAGUCGAAAGGUGUCAAAAAGACAACGAUAGAAAACCACCUGACCUUCGACGAUUACAAACAGUGUCUGUUCACCUCAGGUAUACAAUACGGUUCGAUGAACAUGAUCCGGAGCUUCAAACACGACUUGUACAGCGUUGAACUCAAAAAGAUUGUUCUGUCGCCUCACGAUGACAAACGUUACAUUCAAGACGACGGCAUCGGGACUCUGCCCUGGGGACACUACAGCAUCCCCGUAGAAGUUAUGGCUGAGCUGGAAAUCCGGUCUGCUCUGUCGACACAGUGA